AUGCGGCGACUGAAGAUGACCACAGAUGAAGUUAGUAUACGGUCCAGAUAUAUGGAAAAACUUAGAGAACUUCAUUUGAAAGUGAAUGAAGCUCGAAAAUGUAAUCAUCAAGAAGUUGUCGAAGAAGACAGACGAUCUAAACUUCCAUCCAAUUGGGAAACAAAACAAAAACGUUUACAAUGGGAAGAAGAAGAUGAAGUAUUCAAAAUAGAAUGUGCUAAACAAAAUAUAGAUCCAGAUAGAACACGUUCAUUAAAUGUAAGCGCUGAAAUAGCCGAUCGUCUUGAAGCUCGACGAAGAAAAAAACGUAAUACUGAUGAGGGAUUUUCAACAUAUGCUGAUGCAUCUCAUCGUAAAUAUCUUAAAAUGACUAAACAAAUUAAACCAGAUCUAGUCUCUUAUCAAAAAGAAAAAGAGAAAUUAGGUGAAUUAGCCUUCCCAACAGCAGAUACAAUAGGACUGACAAAUCGUAAAGAUCCACCAGAAGCUGUUGAACGUUUAGCUAAUCAAAUAAUUGAACAAGGUGCUAAACGUCCAGCGUAUAGUCGAAGACGUCCAUUUGAUGCAGAUGCAGAUAUUGAUUACAUCAAUGAGCGUAAUAAGCGUUACAAUGAAUUACUGGAAAGACAUUAUGGUAAAUAUACAGCUGAAAUCAAACAAAAUCUUGAAAGAGGCACUGCGAUAUAG